UGGGCUUAUCGUUAUCAGGGGACCUUAAACUAUCAUUUACGGCAAAAAAGUGGACCUUCACCGUACUUUAUCGAACGGCUGAACUACUUUAAAUCGAUGGGUUCGUGUUCUAACGAGUGAAAUUUUGAAUUCAACAUUACUCGAUAUUCAUUUUUAUUGUUUCAUUACUUUUCUAUCCAAUUUUGUCUUCUACGACUAUUUUUCGUGUUCACACGUUUUCAGUAGAAAACCAUCAUGGAAAGUCAAAGUCCUGGUCGGUUUUCAUGAUUUCAGGAAAAGAAAGCUCGAGGUCAGGUUCACUUUUGGCACAGGUUUUCAGGAUACUCGUACCUAAUCGAAGGAUCUGAGACUUACUAGAAAUCAUGAAAAAAAAUCUUUCCAAAAGAGCGAAAAAAUAUAUCUGGAAACUGUGGAAUUAUUUGAAAAAUGUAUUUGAGCUUAAAAAAAUGAGGGUUUGUCGCCUGCCACAAAAUAUGAUGAAAAAUCUACCAAAAUUUUGGUGUUCUACAAAAAGUGCUCCCUCCGAAAUUGUUUCCUGACACGAUCAAAUUUUACAGUCUUCAUGUCGGAAAUAAUGUGGAAAAAUUCAUUAAUCAAAAUGACGAUCUGGAUUUCCUGCUUCUCCGGAAAACUCUGUUUUUCCAGUGCUUUUUUUAUGACGCUAAAGUUUUGUUUCACACUUCAUAAACUGGCGAGAAUGACAAAGUUGUUACUUUGUUUUAUAACCUCGCAAGUGAUUCCUCGGUUCCCACGUUAGAUCCUGUAAUCAACGAUAAAAUGAUCUUGCACAAUAGCUCACGCAAACUUUUGUCAAAAUUCCGAUUACUAUCGGACUCAACGAUCGCGAUGAACAAUGUUAUUACAUGUUCUAUUUCCUUUUUCGUUUCACGAUAUUUACGCCACGCUGUGCUCAAUCGCGAACAAGUGGCUGACUAAAAAUGUAUAAAAAGCUCGAUGAAAAUUGUCAUCGUUGAGUUAUUGAUUGAACGCCACGAGCAUCAUGUCCGUUCCUACCUUUUGGGGUGUGAUACUUUUUACCGUUGCGUUAGCAGCGCUCGUGGCUGGUGAUCCAACAACGAUCUUCACCGUUCACAGUGCCAAAGUCACGACCAAUCCGAACGAUUACUUCGAUCCGUGGUCCGUUGAAUUCGCCAAGGGAAAACGGUCCUCUUUGAUCAGUGCCAAGCUACCAACGAAAAAGGAUGUGCCCGACAAUAUGCAAGCGAAAUUAUAUGCAAAAAUGGAGGGUCAAGAACCUGUCGAGUACACCGGAACUUUAUGCGAGGGUUUAGAAGAGGAAUUGGUUGGGAAGACUUUUGGGAAUGCUGGCAUCCCCAAAGGCAAAUUCCCAAAGGAGUGUCCUUUCAUUGCGGGUGACUGGGGAAUAUCACAGUGGGAUCCUCCGGUGCAUGUGAUUCCACCAGGAGUUCCGGAUGGCCGAGUCACAGGCUACAUACAGCUUGGAGAAGAAGGCAAAGAACCUUACAUUCAGAUCGACUACGAGGUCGAAUUAUCACACGAGCUGCCAAUGCCAUUCGGACGUUAAAAAUAUAUCGAAGAUCAAAUAAUGGACGCUGACCGACGGUGGAAAAUUUAGUAUCGAGGAUGCAACUGCACUCAACAUUUUUCAGGGAAUGUGUAACACUUUAAAGACAUCAGUAAAUUGAAUAAUCACGAA